CAGACCGAGGAAGACUGAGGAUUGGGAUUUUCCCUUGUUGCACACCAGGAUAUACACACACAAGCACACAAGCACACACACGCACGCACACGCAGAUUCCUCUGGCUGGCUCUUCCUUACCUGAGAAGAAAAUGGAGAUAUUUUUACUGCUCUUUCUCGCCUGCUUGACACAAGCUACGCCACAGAAAAAUCUGCAGGACCAGGUUUUCCUCUUCCCAAAGCGUUCCACCGGCUCCUAUGUCCUCCUCAAACCCAGCCAGAACCGAGCAAUGGACCGCUUCACCAUCUGCCUGAGUUAUUACUCUGAUCUUCCGAAACCAAAUUUUGGGCUCUUCUCCGCCUCUUCCCGAGCUCACGCCAACGAGAUCCUCAUCUUCAAAGAAGCCGACGGCUAUGAAGUCAGCCUGCGCAACCAACCGGUCGUUUUCAAGGUGCCCAAGGAAAAGACCCAGCAAGCAUGGGAAGAUCUGUGCGUGGCGUGGGAUUCGGCCACUGGCAUCCUCCAGCUCUGGUUGAACAGGGUUCCCCUGCCCCGUAAAGUCGUCACCAAGGGGUACAGGAUCCAAGAGGAUCUGGUCAUUCUGCUGGGACAGGAUCAGGAUUCCUACGGGGGCUCGUUGGCCAUUCAGCAAGCUUUUGAAGGAGAACUCGGCAACGUCUACCUGUGGGACACGGUCUUGUCUGCAGAUCAAAUGAGGGACUUCCAUGGGCAGGAAGGCUCAACCCCUUUGCUGAAUUGGUUGGAUCUGAGUUAUGAGAUCAAGGGGGAAGUGAUGGUGGUUCCUUCCCUCUUUUGAGAACCUUUUUUUCCCUGGCAUGUUUAAUUUCUCUGUCUGUCUGUCUGUUCACCCAUCAUCCAUCCCUC